AUGAAGCCGGGACAGGUCAAGCAAUACAAGGACAUGAUCAAGAAGGCCGUCAGCUUCCUGACGUGGCAGACCACGUUCCUCGGUACCUUUCUGGCGAAGCCGCUCUUCUCGGGAGGGAAGGCUAUCGUGCAAGACCUCUGCGACGUGUUCAACGUCAAGACCGACCCGAGCUACGACUUGAUGCAGAUCUUCGCAGGUGAGGCCGUCAUCUCAGAGGAGUUCAGCCGAGCCGGACUCAAGGUGUGCGAGCCCAUUGACCAAAUCUACAACUACAACCUGCGGAGCGCUCAAGAUCGGCGAGAAAUUCUACAGCUCUACCGCACAUGCAGGCCGAAGCUCCUCACAUUGGAGUAUCCCUGCACACUCUGGACACAGCUUACCAGGGUGAACUAUCGAGACUUCGUGGAGGAGAUUGGUAUGAUGCAGCUGAACAGCAAGCGAGACAUCUUGUUCGAGAAUCCGUUGACGUCGGAGGUAUUCAAGCAGUCCCAGAUCAAGCGUUUAAGGGAGCAUCCCCGAGUGCAAGAGGUGAAGGUCGACAUGUGCCAGUUCAACCUACGACACCAGCAGUCUAACGGAAUGGUCAAGAAGCCGACGAAGCUCUUGGUCUCGAAUGACUCCUACGUCAAGCGGCUGAGCAGGCAAUGUGACGGACGUCACCAGCAUCACCAACUGGAAGGAGCUCACUACACACGCAAGGCAGGACGAUACACCAGAGAGUUCGAGAAGGCAGUCUUGCAAGCAUACCAGCACAGCAACAUGACCUACAUGAUGGAGAACGGAGUCUACGCGACCGGCGACUUGAUGGAUCUUAUGGGCAGAAGAAGGGUCGUAGACCUCGAGACCGACACGGUGGUGCAGGACUUCGAGAAGGCCGAUAUCACCACGGAUUUGAUCAAGCCAAAGUUGGAUCGCACUGCCAAGCUGAAGAUUCAGCUAUGGUACAAGCCAGAACCGGUUGCAGAGAACAUCGGAGCCAAGGCCAUCCAGUUUGGACCUGGAAGUUCAGAGUGCUUAAGCAAGGACCUGGCAGCUCUACGACAACUUCACCAGAACUUGGGCCACCCCAGUAACGAGGAUCUUGCUAGAUCGUUGAGAGUUUCAGGAUGCAGACCAGAGGUAGCGAAGGCCGCGAAGUCACUACGAUGCGCGACGUGCAUGAGCAAGGCGCGGAAGAAGAUCGCGAGACCAGCUAGACUUUCCCACACAGCCGACUUCAAUGAGCAGAUUGGUUUGGAUUGUUUUACGAUCAAGGAUGUGAAUGGCCAGUCAUGGGAUUUCUUGUCGGUGGUGGAUUUAGGUACGACGUUUCACGUGGUGGGCAUGAUUGAAAGUCAUCACUCGGAAGUCUUAGUUAAGGUGUUCACUCAGAUAUGGACCAGCUGGGCAGGACCACCAGCAAGUGCAGUCGUGGACUUGGAGCGUGGAUUUGGUUCGGUCUUUCAAGAUAUGCUUGACAAGUUCCAUUGCGUGGUCGUCCCAGUGGCCGGUGAUCUUUGUUUCUACUACCGCCAGCUCAAGAAGGGCUCGAUCAAGAAGGGCACCUGGUUGGGACCAGCCGUGAUCGUGGGGAAACAAGCGGGGCAGCCUUACAUCGUCAGCAUCGCCGAUGACAGCGACCAGGAUACUACCACCAACUCCAGCUUCGCAGUAAUGCUUCGUGGAGCUCGAGCUCAGAGCGAAAGGCUAAGGAAGAAGCUUCAAGACAAAGAGAUUGCUUGGAAGGACAUCCCCGAGGAACACACGUCACUCUACCGAAAGGCCAUCGCCGAGCACUGGGAGGAAUGGAAGAAGUUCGGUUCCGUGGAGGCGCUUUCACUGGGGGAAUCUCAACAAGCCCGGACCGAGAAUGACGGCAACCGCUGCUUGCCGUCUCGCUUCGUGUUCCGUGGCAAGAGUGCCAAUCUCCGCACGGGAGCCAACCCCGUGCCGGUGAAGGCCAAGGCUCGACGAUGUGCUGGAGGACAUCGUGAUCCAGAUCUGCAGACAGGAGCUCUACGGACAGACGCUCCCACGGUGACGCGAACCAGUUCGCUACUGUUCUUUACCAUGGCGGCACGUUUCGACUGGAGCCCGGCGUGUGCCGACAUCAUGUCCGCGUUCAUGCAGGGAGAAGAGCAGCCCAGAGACAAGCCUCUUUUCAUGGAGCAGCCGCCCCAAGGUCUACCAGGACUUCAACCAGGACAAGUAUUACGCAUCGUCAAGGGAAUUUUUGGACCGGCGACCGCCCCACGACAGUGGUGGGCUACUCUCAAGAACGCACUGCUGAAGGUUGAGCUCGUGAGCAAGGAUGGCCACAAGUUCCACUUAGUUCAAAGCUUGGUGGAUCCAGCUUUAUUCGUGGGACAUGGUUCAGACGGAACUCUGCAAGCUAUUGUCUGUGUUCACGUGGAUGAUUUACUGAUCGCUUCCAGUACUCAAGCCAGCUAUGACAUAAUCAAGAAGUUGUUUCCGUUCGGAGGUUGGCAAGGGCUAGAUUUCACCUUUUGCGCUAAGGAUGUUGUCCAGCGUCCAGACGGAGCGAUUCGAAUGAGCCAGUCAGUAUUCGCCGAGAAGCUAGAACCGCUCGAGUUGACCAAGGAGCGCAAACGAGAUCCAGGAUGCCCUGCCACGGAGAUCGAGAUCGCCGAGGACCGGAGCUUGAUUGGCAGUUGGGCUUGGCUCGCUACGCAGACCCGACCAGACCUAGCUGCAGGAGUUUCGAUGGCUCAGAGAGUACAGAGCUCACCGACGGUGGCCGACCUGAUCGAGACGAAUCGCAUCGUAUCCGAAGCCAAGCGCUACAACGAGACCGCCAUCACGAUCCCGAAGUUGCAGGACGAGCUCUGCAUUCUAGUGUGUUCAUGA